AUAAAAUUACUAUCAAACUCUUUAGCUGCAUUGGUGCUCGUGAUAUCACGCGUGGUCGAAACCCGAUUACCUAGUGACCAUUACAAUAAAAAUGUUCAGUGUUAAAAUGAAGUACGGUUUGUUGAUAGUUACUGUCUUAGCAGUCAUCAGUAAACAUAAUUCCGACGCGGUAAGAUGUUACGUUUGUCGUGGAUGUCAAAGUGAAGAUUUAACAGAUGAUCAUGCUCAAAUAUGUCCACCUCGUACCCCGCCUACAGUCCCCCCGACUGAAGAGCCCACAACUACAGAUAAACCCAUAACAGAUUCUCCAUCAACUGAAGGGCCUGUCACUGAGGAAGUAACUACUGAAGCAUCUACUACGCAUUCUUCUACCACUGAUGGUUCUACCACUGAUGGUUCUACCACUGAUGCUUCUACCACUGAUGGUUCUACCACUGAUGGUUCUACCACUGAUGGUUCUACCACUGAUGGUUCUACCACUGAUGGUUCUACCACUGAUGGUUCUACCACUGAUGCUUCUACCACUGAUGGUUCUACCACUGAUGGUUCUACCACUGAUGCUUCUACCACUGAUGGUUCCACCACUGAAGGUUCUACCACUGAUGGUUCUACCACUGAUGGUUCUACCACUGAUGGUUCUACCACUGAUGCUUCUACCACUGAUGGUUCUACCACUGAUGCUUCUACAACUGAUGGCUCUACCAAUGAUGGUUCUACAACUGAUGGUUCUACUACUAAUGGCUCUACUACUGAUGGUUCAACCACUGAUGGUUCUACCACUGAUGGUUCUACCACUGAUGCUUCUACCACUGAUGGUUCCACCACUGAAGGUUCUACCACUGAUGGUUCUACCACUGAUGGUUCUACCACUGAUGGUUCUACCACUGAUGCUUCUACCACUGAUGGUUCUACCACUGAUGCUUCUACAACUGAUGGCUCUACCAAUGAUGGUUCUACAACUGAUGGUUCUACUACUAAUGGCUCUACUACUGAUGGUUCAACCACUGAUGGUUCUACCACUGAUGGUUCUACCACUGAUGGUUCUACCACUGAUGGUUCUACCACUGAUGGUUCUACCACUGAUGGUUCUACCACUGAUGGUUCUACCACUGAUGGUUCUACCACUGAUGGUUCUACCACUGAUGGUUCUACCACUGAUGGUUCUACCACUGAUGGUUCUACCACUGAUGGUUCUACCACUGAUGGUUCUACCACUGAUUCUUCUACCACUGAUGGUUCUACCACUGAUGGUUCUACCACUGAUGGUUCUACCACUGAUGGUUCUACCACUGAUGGUUCUACCACUGAUGGUUCUACCACUGAUGGUUCUACCACUGAUGGUUCUACCACUGAUGGUUCUACCACUGAUGGUUCUACCACUGAUGGUUCUACCACUGAUGGUUCUACCACUGAUGGUUCUACCACUGAUGGUUCUACCACUGAUGGUUCUACCACUGAUGGUUCUACCACUGAUGGUUCUACCACUGAUGGUUCUACCACUGAUGGUUCUACCACUGAUGGUUCUACCACUGAUGGUUCUACCACUGAUUCUUCUACCACUGAUGGUUCUACCACUGAUGGUUCUACCACUGAUGGUUCUACCACUGAUGGUUCUACCACUGAUGGUUCUACCACUGAUGGUUCUACCACUGAUGGUUCUACCACUGAUGGUUCUACCACUGAUGGUUCUACCACUGAUGGUUCUACCACUGAUGGUUCUACCACUGAAGGUUCUACCACUGAAGGUUCUACCACUGAUGCUUCUACCACUGAUGGUUCUACCACUGAUGCUUCUACAACUGAUGGCUCUACCAAUGAUGGUUCUACAACUGAUGGUUCUACUACUAAUGGCUCUACUACUGAUGGUUCAACCACUGAUGGUUCUACCACUGAUAGUUCUACCACUGAUGGUUCUACCACUGAUGGUUCUACCACUGAUGGUUCUACCACUGAUGGUUCUACCACUGAUGCUUCUACCACUGAUGGUUCUACCACUGAUGGUUCUACCACUGAUGGUUCUACCACUGAUGGUUCUACCACUGAUGCUUCUACCACUGAUGGUUCUACCACUGAUGGUUCUACCACUGAUGGUUCUACCACUGAUGGUUCUACCACUGAUGGUUCUACCACUGAUGGUUCUACCACUGAUGGUUCUACCACUGAUGGUUCUACCACUGAUGGUUCUACCACUGAUGCUUCUACCACUGAUGGUUCUACCACUGAUGUUCCUACCACUGAUGCUUCUACAACGGAUGUUCCUACCACUGAUGCUUCUACCACGGAUGCUUCUACCACUGAUGCUUCUACCACGGAUGGUUCUACCACUGAUGCUCCUACCACUGAUGCUCCUACCACUGAUGCUCCUACCACUGAUGCUCCUACCACUGAUGCUCCUACCACUGAUGCUUCUACAACGGCUGUUCCUACCACUGAUGCUUCUACCACAGAUGCUUCUACACCGGAUGUUUCUACCACUGAUGCUUCUACAACGGCUGUUCCUACCACUGAUGCUUCUACCACAGAUGCUUCUACACCGGAUGUUUCUACCACUGAUGCUUCUAGCACGGAUGCUUCUAUUACGGAUGCUUCUACCACUGAUGCUUUUACAACGGAUGCUCCUACCACUGAUGCUUCUACAACGGAUGUUCCUACCACUGAUGCUUUUGCCACGGAUGCUUCUACCACUGAUGCUUCUACAACGGAUGCUUCUACAACGGAUGCUCCUACCACUGAUGUUCCUACCACUGAUGCUUCUACAACGGAUGUUCCUACCACUGAUGCUUCUACCACGGAUGCUUCUACCACUGAUGCUUCUACCACGGAUGGUUCUACCACUGAUGCUUCUACAAUGGAUGUUCCUACUACUGAUGCUUCUACCACGGAUGCUUCUACCACUGAUGCUUCUACAACGAAUGUUCCUACCACUGAUUCUUCUACUACUGAUGCUUCAACCACAGAUGGCUCUACCACUGAUGGUUUUACCACUGAUGCUUCUAUCACUGAUAGCACUUCCACUGAUGCUCCUACCACCGAUGGCUCAUCCACUGAUGCGUCUACCACUGAUGGCUCUACUACAGAAGCUUCUUCUACGGAAGCAUCGACGCCUGAAGCCUCUACUAUUGAAGAUAUUGUUGAUACAGCACCACCAAACGUGAAUCCAUUUAAUAAAAUAAUGAACUAUAGAAGAUCGAAAAGAAAUACGGAUGACGAAAUUGAACCACGGUGUUUCGUGACUUAUUUCGAAGUCGAUGGUGAGUCUGACGUGAUCCGUGGCUGCGCAUACGCCGACGAUAAUGCUGAGACCCGUUGCAAUGAAGCUAUAGGUAAUCCUAAUGCCCAGAUCGAAAACUGCAGGGUGUGUGAAGGAGAACUUUGCAAUUCUUCAGCAAGAGCUGCAGUAGGCUUCCUUAUUAUGUUUGUCAGUUUAAUAGUACAUUUAAGUUAGAUUAAGGACGAUUACUUUUAAUAAUUGGUCUCAGAGAUUACCUUAGAUUAUAAAUUAUCCUGAUAAGUGUUGUCAUUUGAACGUUAAAAUGUUUAAUUAUACCUAACAAAAAAUAUGAAAGCGAAAAUAUGUCACAAAGUAGGUAAUGAUAGUUACCAUUAUAUAAUAACAUCCCAACAAAUACAGACGGCCUCUGUGCGCAACAGUAGUGCGCUUGUCUAUGACACCGGAGGUCCCGGGUUCGAAUACCAGCCAGGGCAUGAUGAGAAACGAACUUUCUCUGGGUAGGUCUUGAAUGUUUGUAAUAAGUAUUUAUUGUAAAAUAUAGUAUCUUUGAGUUAAAAUCUCGUGACACAAGUAUCGCACUUACUUCGAGGCUGACUCAAUCUGUGUAAUUUGUCCCGUAUCUAUUUAUUUAUUUAUAUUUAUUAUAAAUGCGAAAGUACGCUUAUUUGUUUGUUUGUUUCAAAACUGUUAGGUACUUGCACUAUGAUGCAAAAAGCAUAAUCUAUUUUGCCUUUUUGUGUAGCACACAUAUAUUUCGUUUUACUACAAGUUUUUACUACUUAUUACUGCUUUAAUUUUUAAGUAUUUAUUGUUUAUUUGUAAAUACAUCAUUGUACAUAACAAAUUUAUAUAAGAACAUAGUUUAGUAUUAGUAUAACUGAAUAAUAAGUAAAAAAUAGUUAAUUGUCUAAAUAUAAACAUAGCGGUUAUUUUUUGCUUGCAGAAUCAAAAAAGUAUUUAAAAUUAAAUUAAACGCUGACUUGUUUUAAAAAACGUUUUGAUUGAUAAAUCGUAAAAUUUACGGCAAACUGUACUUUUACUGCUACUCAGUGAUCAAUUUUGUUUCUAUCUUAAUCUAAAAACGGUUUGAUUACAAUUGAUUAUAUUUUAAUUAAACUUUUGUUUAAUAGGUAUUGCAUGUUAUAUUUAUUACCUUUAUCCUUCAGAGGUGAUAGUGAAGUACAAUAACUGAUGGAAAAGUUUAAAGCCUUUGAAUAUUAGUUCAUCUCUGUGAUUGGAAGGUAGGUAUACCUCCUUAAUAUUUUUAGAAACCUACCUACCUAAUAUUUUUAGAAUUAAAUUGAGAUCUCAUAAUAUUUGAAUGCAUGAUUCCUAAUGUAUUUUUUUAUGAUUUUCUUAAUUGUUAAUAUUAUAAGAAAAGAUUUAAUAAUGUUUUGGAGCUUGCUAUAGCGAGAUCUUUUAUAGUACCAAAUUGUUACUUGGGAAUUAAAGUAAAUUUUAAUACGGCCUUAUACGAAUAGCGUAUUCUGCUAUAGGUCCUGGAUGACUGGAGUUUGUGAUAAUUAUAAAUGAAAUAACUGGUAAAUAAUACCACUACUAUAACAUUAUUAUGUCAAUUAUGUAAUUUUAUUGUUAGGGAAAAUGUAACAAAGAAUAAAAAAUAAAGAAUAUUUUUUACUAAUGA